UUUCCAUUUUGCUUUUGCUUUGCUAUCGUGAAGCAACAAAUUUCGUAGCGAAGCGACAGCACUACCUUGCAUGUGUCAGUUGUUAUUUUACUUUUGCUGGUGUUGCUCUGCAAUUUCGCAGCUAAAGUGUGACUGCAGCAAGUUGAAUGCAAAAUUAAAAGCAUUUUAAAAGUGUUAUUGUUGCAUUGUGCCCAUUUGUGGCAUAUCUAGUUUGUGUGAAUAUUUAAUAACAAAAUAAGAAGAGCAGAUGAGUUCGUCCAAGAGGAAACCAAAUCCCAUUUGGGAGUACUUCGAAAACCUAAAAGAAGUAGGAAAAGCAGUGUGUAAUAUCUGCAAACAAGAGUUGAAAAAUAACCGAACAUUUAACUUAAAAAAUCACUUGAUGAAAAAACAUAAAAUAAAUUUGAUGAAUGCUAAUGCGAAGACGUCUAAUAACAGUUCUGAAAGAAAGCAAAAAAUUAAAAAACAAACGAUUAAAAAAAGGUUGAUUAGAUCGAAUGGCAAAUCAGCAAAUGAAAACACGGUGCCAAUAAAAAAGAACCAGAUUGAUAUAUGGGAGUAUUAUGANGGCCUCUCUUGGAAUAUUUUCGGAAUAAGUGCACAAUUUAUUAAAGAAGAUGAAAUCAAAUCCCUUACGCUGGGCAUAGUAGAGCUCAGUCCCUCAAAUAAUCUCACAGGAGAAAUAUUGAAAAUAUUAAAUAAAUAUGAUAUAGAGUUAAAGCAGGUGAUUUCAAUCACUUCCGACAACGAGGCAAACAUGGUCGAAAUAAAUUACAAAAUCAAGGAAGAACCCGAACCAGCCCCGGAAUAUCUUGACGAUACCUAUUUAGAUAGUAUCGAAAAUCUGCAGAAUUCAUCAAAUUUUUGCGUUGCAAACAUUCAAAUUUCUCAGUGUGCAGCGCUCUCCGCCCAUUUGUGUGCUCUGGAUAUCACAACAGAUGCUGAAAUAAAAGCCUUUUUACUAAGUUGCAGAAAUUUGACGAAGUUCAUUCUCCAUCCAUCAAAUGGUUUCACAGACGUUUUUGAAUUGACCAACUUUCAACUUCCUCAAAUCGAUUAUCCCACCCAUUGGGGUUCAACUUACGAGAUGAUUGAAGCAAUGAUAUCUGCUAAGGAGAUCUUGGCAUCUGUUGACUCUGUGGAAGACAAAACUGUGGAAGAAAAUUUUCACAACGACGAUUCUCUUUGGGACUUUAUGGAGUGUUAUCAUGCCGUUUUCACCCCUUUACAAGACGUUAUAAAAAAAUUUAAAGCAGAACAUUUACAUUAUGGAGACUUUUACGCUCAAUGGCUCAAAUGUAAGAUACUCACUGAUAAAAUAAUGCAGAUCAACGCCUCCAAUGAUAUGGUAAAUAAAAUUGGAAAGAAAAUCUUGGAAAGCAUUGAAAAACGAACUUCUAAAUUACUCGAGAACGAAAGCCUUAAUGCGUGCUUGUAUUUGGAUCCUAGAUUUCAUCAUACAUUAAAUUUAACUAAAAGGCAACAAGCUGUUGUUUAUUUAAAUCACCUUUGGGAAAAAUUAUGUUCCGUGGCUGAUCCUUCGGAAUUGGUUUCAAGGAACACUCCAGAGAAAACUGAACGUAACUUCGAAGAUGAAGCGGAAGAAAUGUUGAAUUCGUUUUUGGCUGAAAAACUGCAAACAGCAUCAUGUGAGAUAGCUUAUCCUGAUGUAUACACUAAAAUAGAAAGCCUACAUCUUCCAUUUCUGCGCAGCGACACUGAUGUAUUGCAAUAUUGGCGCGAGAAAAGGCAUACCGAUCCUGAACUGUGUGCAUUAAGCAACAUUUGUUUUGGCAUUCCUGCAACGCAAGUGGCUAUAGAAGACACUGCCUCAUCUUUGAAACACGUUUUAACAAGCAAGGGGAUCAAAAAUAUUUACGAGACUUUAGAAGACAUACUUUUAGUUAAGCUGAAUUCGUCACUCUUAAACACAGCAAUUGAUAAUUUGUCGCUAUUUGAAGAUGAUGCUUAAGAGUAUAUACAUACAUACUUGUAAAACUAACUAAAUACGCGCAUACAUUCAUAUACACAAAUGUAAACACUUUACUUCUAGCAUUAUACUUUU